AUGGUAAUGCCUAUCUUGGCCAUUUUCACCUACAUCCUGCGCAUUGCAACUUUUAACUUAGGUGACGUUGAAGUUUGUGCAGGCCUGGAGGUGAAGGAUGCCAAUGCAGUUAAAGUUCUUGAUCCCGUAGUGACCAAACAUACCUUCCUAAUUGAAAAGUCUUCUGCUAAGGUCGAAAUUGAGGUUAUCCAGAAAAUUUAA